AUGUCAGACAUGCACCCUUUUGAUCCUCUGAGUCCUCAGGAAAUCACUCAGGCAGCUUCGAUUGUGCGACAGUUAUUCCCGGGGAAAUGCCUAAAUUUCCGCGUCAUCACUUUGAAAGAGCCUCCGAAGCAAGACAUGAUAGUGUUCCUUGAGGAGGAGCAUCUUGGACAGAAAACAUCUCUCCGUCCUCUGCGGACCUCUCGUGUUGAGGUUAUCGCUCGUGGUGACUCGGAAACAACCGAACUCAUCGAGCUUCUGGUUGAUCUCGACCAUGCUGCUGUUGUUAAACAGGAGGUAUUGGUGGGAAAACAUUCAUAUAUUGACUCGGCUUAUAUGAAAGCUGUCGAGAAUGCUUGCUUGGCAGAUGAGAGAGUACAGUCUGAAGUUGAACGACUGAAGCUUCCUCCAGGUGCAUCGGUUGUGGUCGAAGCGUGGGCUUACGCUACCGAUGGCAUGAACGAUAUGUCGGAACGGACAAGCAUGUGUUGGUUUUAUAUGAGACUAGUGGAUAAUCCCGAGGCCAACUAUUACGCCUAUCCACUUGACUUGUGUGCAGAGGUCUCCGAGCAGCUCAAUGUCACAAAGGUCUAUUAUCUUCCUUCUUCUGAGAGUGACAGUGUUCACAAAGAACCAAGACCAUACGAUUUUUGCAAACUUCACUCACCCGACAUGAGUGAAUAUCACCCUAGUUUGCGACCGCCACCCCGAGCAUCCACCAAACCCUACCAGGUUAUUCAACCAGAAGGAGUUUCCUUCAAAUCCGAUGGGAAUUUGUUGACUUGGGAGAAAUGGACUAUGCGGGUGGGCUUUAACUAUCGCGAAGGUCUGACAUUGCAUGACAUCCGUUACGACGGGCGUAGUCUAAUCUAUCGGCUGUCUUUGUCAGAGAUGUUUGUACCUUAUGGUGACCCUCGGGCUCCAUACCCUCGAAAGGCAGCAUUUGAUCUUGGAAACGAUGGUGCUGGAAUCAACGCAAACAAUCUACAACUAGGUUGUGAUUGUCUUGGUCUGAUCAAGUACUUUGACGGCUGGCACAACACCUCAUUGGGAGAACCAUUGAAAUUACCGAAUGUUGUUUGUUGUCAUGAGCAAGAUGAUGGGAUCUUGUGGAAACACACAAACUUCCGCACAGGAAAUACUGCAGUAGUCAGGUCUCGUGUUUUGGUUCUCCAGACUAUUAUCACUGUCAGUAACUAUGAGUAUAUCUUUGCUUUCCACUUUGGUCAAGAUGCUUCGAUUCAUUACGAAGUCCGGGCCACUGGGAUUUUAUCAACCGCUCCAAUCAACAUUGGCGACAAAGUUGGCUAUGGCACCAUUGUUGCCCCUGGUGUUCUCGCGCCCUAUCAUCAGCAUUUGUUCUCUCUUCGCAUCGAUCCUGCGAUUGAUGGUGUUGCAAACUCGUUGCAGGUUGAAGAGUCUGUUCCUUUGCCUUUCAACGACCCAUCGGUUUGCAAUUCUUUUGGAAUUGGAUAUACAACAGAGUCAAAUAUUGUGGAAAAGGAAGGUGGACUGGAUCUCGAUUUCACCAAGAAUCGUACAUUCAAAAUUAUCAACGAGGCAAAAACCAACCCUAUCACCGGUACGCCGGUUGGAUUCAAGUUGUCGCCAUGCUAUAGCCAAUUACUACUUGCCCAUCCCGAAUCUUUCCACGCCAAGCGAUCUGAAUUCGGGGCUCAUGCAGUAUGGGUGACUCGGUAUCAAGAUGACGAACUUUUUCCGUCUGGCAUGCAUACUAUGCAGUCCCUCGGUGGAGAGGGUAUUCACUCAACAAUCGCUCAGCGAAAACAUGAUACUUCAAAAUCAACAGUCCGACACAAAGAUAUUGUCAUAUGGCACACUUUUGGAUCCACGCACAAUCCGAGAAUCGAGGAUUGGCCUGUGAUGCCGUCUGAAAAGAUGGUAGUCGGGCUCAAGCCGGUCAACUUUUUCACAGCAAACCCUGGGCUGGAUGUUGCCACAUCAACUCAAGAGAACAACAAGAGCAUUCUU